UCAGAUGGGUCUACCGUUUAUGAAGCCUGAUGAAACCUACAGACACAUUCCUCCCUAUCCAAAGUUUCUAGUUCCGGAGCUACGGAAGACUUUGGACACUCCUUCCGAUCAAUAUCUUUUGGUAGCAUUUGAUGAAGUUGGUGUUCUAGACGAAAGUCUCGACGAAUUUCAUUUCAAGAGAACCCAUGACGGUAGAGUUCGACCUUACAACGACUUUUUCGGUAUCAUUAGUCAAUUGUGCAAAGAACCCGACUUGUUUUUUAUAGUUGUUGGGAAAAGCAAAGGUUUAAUAAAUGAAUUGGCAGACUCAUUAUUGGAAUGUACAGGUGGAGUUCCUGGUUUGUUGACUCGUGCAGUAAAUAUGCUUUUGAAUUAUAUAAUAGCAAGAAACCAGCCUUUCAUAUCGAAAGAAGAAUGUUUGACUUGUAUGAAUGACUACGAUUUCCGAAGAAUUUGUGCUGAACCAUUUGUGGAACGAAUAUUGAAUUUGGACGAAGAUAGAAAAAGUGUUUUUGAUAUACUUUUGAUGAUGGCACUUUAUCGUAUACCGUUUCAAGUAGAUGACAGAUUGACCUCGGAGUCCUUUUUAUAUGAUGCAGUCACUGAAAUGGGACUAUAUCGAUAUCCUAUUGACCAGAAUACUUUUCAAGUCCUAAUUCCGAAAAUAUUUGUUGUAAUCUUCAAGAACGACCCUUCCAUAUCUUCUUUGGAAAAUAUACUUCUUGGAUCACUCGAUGUCGAACCAGUAGAUUGUUUCUUCUAUUCAAAGUGUCGUGUAUUUGAAGGAAUUGUUGCACUACGGCUAGUUUUGAUGUUGUCUUCAAAGAAUCGAAAUGAAUUGAGGGAAUUGUUGUGUCAAUUGUCUCCGAUAUGGAAACAAAUGAAACUUCCAAUCAGUACAAUAUCACCUAUUCACUAUAUCAAGUCUGUUGUUAGUUCUACAGAAACAAGAAAUGAAUCGAACAAGAGUCGAAGAACCUUUGCCAAUACUGAAUGGAAUAAGAUUAUUCGAGACACACUUUAUUUAGAGACCAUUUACAUUCCUUUGGACGCUACUUCUCAUAGUCCUGAUAUUAUAUUCAAAUUACAAUCUCCUGUGGAACCCAAAGUUCUUACUGUUGGAGUUGCAUGUAAAGGACGUUGGAAGUCGGAAGGAAUUGGCUGGUCAGAUAUUAUAGAUGAAGCCAAGAAAUUUUUAGAUCCUGUUCAUGAUCAAGUCUUAUCCAGUGCAAUGGAUUAUCAUCAUUGUAUGCUUAUUAUCGUUAGUACAAAGUUAUCAUUGAAUGCUUCUAAUGAGUUGGGUAAUCAGAGUCGUUGUUACUCCAGUGGAAUGUUUAUUAGAAAUGAUUCGUUCAAAGUACCUGAUAAUUGUGAACUUGUUAUUCUUUGUGAAAGAGAUAUCCAAAUGCUGAUUGACGAAGAAAUAUUGAAUGGACUUGAAAGAGCAUUUCAUGUUUCUCAUAAUCCUACUUUUUGGGAUUUUGGAUUAGAUUUACUUGAUAGAAUCCGUAACAGUUUCUUAAGUUGGCAAUAGAUUCUAACUCAAUCCUUCCCUUUGUUUUGAAGAGCAAAUAAACUUGUUUUUGUAUGU